UUGUUUUAUUUUCAAAAACAACAAUUUUUUAAUUUUUCUAAUUUAUGUUGGUGCUACGUUUUCCUCCAAAAAGGCAAUGAUACCAACCUUUUUCUUUCUUUCUUGUCAACUGUCAAGUGUUGGUCGAAGAAGGAGCAAAAAUGUCUGCUCACAAAACAUUCAUAAUAAAGCGGAAGCUUGCCAAGAAGCUUAAACAAAACAGGCCUAUUCCUCAAUGGGUCCGUAUGAGGACAGGAAAUACAAUUAGGUACAACGCUAAGAGGCGUCACUGGCGCAGAACUAAACUCAAGUUGUAAAAUGUUUAUGGAUAUGGCAUAUAUUUAAUAAACUAUUUGUCAUAA